UAUUAUUAUUAUUAUUAUUAUUUUGAAAUGAGGAAAACUCGAGACCAAGAAGAAGAAAACCCGCUUCUCGAGCCACCGUCUCCGGUCGCCGCCGUCGCUUCCCGGCGGCGAACCCCUACGCCGAUGCUGAUCCUGCUCGCUGCCUUCGUUCCCCUCGUCUUCCACCUCCUUCUGACCCUCCCCUCCAAAUCCACGUACCACUCCCUCUUCCUCUCCCUCUCCGACAACGCCACCGCCGCCCGCCACCUCGAGGCCCUCACCCUCCGUCCCCACCUCGCCGGAACUCCUUCCGCCUCCGUCGCCUCCUCCUACGUCAUCUCCACUCUCUCCUCUCUCUCCCUCCCCACUCACUCCUCCUUCUACGACGUCCUCCUCAGCUACCCCAUCUCUCGCUCCCUCUCCCUCUCCUCCAUCCCCUUCGAUCUCACUCAAGAACCCUACCCCGGCGACCCGUUCCCCAUCACCGACGUCGUCCCCACCUUCCACGCCUACGCCUUCACCGGCACGGCCACCGGGCCCGCCGUUUACGCAGGAUUCGGCCGCGCAGAAGACUUCGCCAUUUUGAAAUCCAUGGGGGUGAAUGUCACCGGGACGGUGGUUCUAGCGAGGUACGGUAAGAUAUACCGCGGGGACAUUGUGAAGAACGCGCAGGACGCCGGAGCUUCUGGGGCGGUGAUCUACACCGAUAAGAAGGACUACGGCGGCGGAGAAGAAGGCAAGUGUGUUCCGGAGGGGCAGUGGAUGCCGCCGUCCGGGGUUCAGGUUGGGAGCACAUGGCGGGGGCUCGGCGAUCCCACGACGAUUGGAUGGCCUAGCGUGCAAGGUUCGUGCGAGAGGAUAGGGAAGGAGGAGGCCGUGGCCGCCGGGCUUAUGCCGGCGAUCCCCUCUCUGCCGGUGUCGGCGAGGGACGGGGAGACCAUCCAGAUGAGCAUCGGAGGACAGGUGGCUCCCGAUGAUUGGCAGGGAGUGGAUGGGGUCCCCGUCUACCACAUCGGUCCUGGCCCCGGAUUCCUGAACUUGAGUUACUUUGGCAAUGAAACUCUGGCAACCAUUGAGAAUGUGUUUGCAGUGAUCGAAGGGGAAGAAGAACCUGAUCGGUAUGUCCUUCUAGGUAAUCAUCGUGAUGCAUGGACAUUUGGGGCUGUUGAUCCCAAUAGUGGAACUGCUGCUUUGCUUGAGAUAGCUCAAAGGUUAUCAAGGAUGCAAAAACGAGGUUGGAGACCUCGCCGAACCAUUAUAUUGUGUAACUGGGAUGCAGAAGAGUAUGGCUUGAUUGGAUCGACAGAGUGGGUCGAAGAGCAUAGAGAUAUGUUGGCCUCAAGGGCUGUUGCUUAUCUGAAUGUGGACAGUUCUGUAGCUGGGCCUGGAUUUUAUGCAGCUGCAACACCACAACUUGAUGAGUUACUCAGAGAAGCAACUAAAAAGGUUCAAGACCCAGAUAACACCUCAAGGACACUCUAUGAAUCAUGGAUAGCAUUAUCUGGAUCUCCCUCAAUUGGGAGAUUAGGUGGUGGUGGGUCAGAUUUUGCAUCUUUUGUCCAGCAUGUUGGAGUUCCUUCUGUUGACAUAACCUUUGGUGAAGGGUACCCGGUUUACCAUUCUCUUUAUGAUGAUUUUCUUUGGAUGAAAAAUUUCGGAGAUCCAAUGUUUCAAAGGCACAUCGCUGCUGCAAGUGUGUGGGGACUAAUUGCUCUAAGACUAGCAGAUGACAAAUUCUUGCCUUUUGACUACACUGACUAUGCUUCCGAACUCCAGCGGAGCGUGGAGAUAUUAGAAGAUGAAGUCUUGGGGACUGAUUUAAGUUUGUCACCUCUGUAUGAAUCCAUAGGAAAGCUAAAGAAGGCAGCCAUCGAAAUACGUAGGCAAAUAAAGGCCAUGGAAGACCAAUCCUGGAUUCCGAAUUGGAGGACAGAUUCACUGAAAGUCAGAGAGCUAAAUGACCGGUUGAUGAUGGCGGAGCGGGCAUUUACCGAUCCAGAUGGACUCUUUCAAAGAACUUGGUACAAGCAUCUCGUAUAUGGACCCUCACAGCAUGAUGACUACGGUUCUAAAUCAUUCCCAGGCAUAGAUGAUGCUAUUGAAAAUGCUAAAACGACAAACACAGCAGAAUCAUGGCGUUUUGUACAACAUGAAAUCUGGAGAGUCACAAGGGCUAUCACUCAGGCAUCUCAAGUUCUCAAUGGUAACUUAAUAUAAAAGUACUACUACUACUGCUAUUGCUAUUACCUGUAAAGUGGAGCAGAGCUUUAUUUACCCAAUAAACACGUGAAAAAAAGCAGGGAACAAAUCAGACAAAAUUUAACACCCUCAUCUUU